AUGACCGGCGCGGCCGAGCUGUGGACACUGAGCCGCGUCAUCGCCGCCGGCGAGGCUCUCGAAGGAGCGAGCCCCGGCGCGGGGAACGGCGCGGCGGGAUGCGUCCGUCGUGGCUUUGCGCUCGUUCGCGGACCGAUCGUCGGGCUCGUCACCCAACGCGAGCCCACGGGCGCGGUGCACUGCAAGGGCAGCGGCGAGACGGUGCCUCGCACCCAAUUAACCCUCGCGGAUGACACGCGCGAGGGCGCGCGCGUGGUGCUCUGGCGCACCCACGCGGGCGUCGACGUCGGCCCCGGAGACUUGGUGGCGUUCGAAUCCAUCCGCGCGAGAUGGAACGAGUGGGCAGACCGCGCAGAGGCGUGCACGGGGUGGGCAUCCGAAGUGACGGUCCUCGCGCGCGCGUCCGAUAUCCUCGGAAAGACGUCGCGACGGGGUGCCAACUUUUCCCCGAACAUCGACCGCGCCCGCGUGGAAGCCGUCCGCGCCUGGGCGAUACGCGAGCACGCGGGGCUCCUCGAGACCGCCGCGAACGCCGCCGAUGAGGCUGCGAUGGGAGGAGGAGGCGCCCGCCGCGACUCACUCGGCGCCGGCGUCAAGACCGUCACCGCCGGAUGGCUGCUCCGAGAUCCCCUCGCCGAGCGAGCGCUGUCGGUGCACUUUUUCGGCCGAUGCGUGGCCGAGUUCCGCGCGCCCUCGUCGACGGGCGCGCGCGCCUCGCGCCGGGUGGUGUGGCUCUCGCAGGGAACCGGCGAGUGCGUCGAGGCGACGCUGUUGCCGGAGGACGACGCGGGUGGAUGGAUACGGGAACGGGGCGACGCCGACGAGAAAUCGCUCGAGGGAAAGGCUGCCGGGAAUAACGUACUCGAGGGGAAGGCUGUUGGGAAUAACGUACUCGAGGGGAAGGCUGCUGGGAAUAACGUACUCGAGGGGAAGGCUGUUGGAAAGGUGCUCGAGCUCCUGCACGCCCGAGUCCGCGUGCUGCACUCCACGGGUCGACGGUGCCUGGUGGCGACGCGACCGGCGGUGGUGAUCGACCCGGCGAAUGACCCGCGCGCCGCGGAGGUUGUCGCCAGGUGCCCGACGGCGGAGGCGUCCGCGCGGUACCCGAGCGUGCACACGAUCUUCACCGCGCCGAGGGUGGACGCGCCGGUGGCGAGGUUCCUCGCGAGGGUGUCGUGGAUCCGCCUGCCCUCGCCGCGAGAAGAGACGGCCGCGAGCGGGGUGGCGGUGACCGGUCGGGCGGUGGUGGAUCGAUCGGCGGUGACCCGGGAGGACGUCGCCGCGUCGCUUCUCGCGUACGGGUGCGUCGAGUGCGGCCGGGAGCUUCGCGCCGACCCGGUCGACUCCGUCUACAGGCAGUGCGAGUGUCACUCCGGGUCGAAGGACUCGACCGGGUACGUCUGGAGGGGAAUCACGCUCGGCCUGACCGACGAUGGGGCGGCGCGUCGCGACGGGUUCGAGGACGACGACGACGACGGGUGGGACGAUCCGCGUUCGCGGCCCGGAAAGAGGAGAAAGAGGGCGGUGGUGGAAGCGCGCGUCGACGAUUCCGAGCUGUUGUCGAGGCUGCUGCUCGGCGUGACUCCGGGAGACGCGGCGUGGUCCAGGGACGCGGCGUGGUCCGGGGAUGAGGCGCGAUCCGGGGUCCUCGCGGAGGGAUGUUCGGGAUCCAGGAUCGACCACCUCGCCCUCGCGGCGGCUGCGAUCAACGCUCUCGCGCUCGGAGGUGAGAGGAACUCGCCGAUGGAGUGGAGCGUUCGGGUGCCGAGGCUGGACGAAAACGGCGUGCCGUUGCCGGGUCCGAUGGAGGUGCUCGGGUUCAACGCGGCGCGGGAAGCGUGA